CCUAAUUCAGGAAAAAGGAAAAAGAGGAAACUUUAAAACAAGAUAUAGAGAAAGUCGAGAGAGAGAGAGAGAGAGAGAGAGUAGAGAAGAUAGUGACUCCGUCAACCACGUCGCCGCCGCCGCCAUCGGCCACCCAUACGAGUCUCACACCAGCUGAUCAACCCAUUGCGGCAGUGACUGACCCAUCCCGCAUCUCAUCUGCUUCAACAGGCAAUUGUAAAAAUGGCGGCGAAGGUUCCUAUUAAGGGUAAACGGAACAUCCUCAUUACCAGCGCCUUGCCUUAUGUCAACAACGUCCCUCAUCUUGGAAACAUCAUCGGUUGUGUGCUUAGUGCUGAUGUGUUUGCUCGCUAUUGCCGACUCCGAGGCUACAAUGCCUUAUACAUAUGUGGAACUGAUGAGUACGGGACAGCCACGGAGACUAAAGCUCUGGAAGAGAACUCCACCCCUAAGCAGAUUUGCGACAAAUACCAUGCUAUUCAUAAGGAAGUCUAUGACUGGUUCAAUAUAAGUUUUGAUAAAUUUGGGCGUACCUCAACCCCAGAACAGACGGAAAUUUGCCAAGCGAUUUUUAAGAAAAUUUUGGAGAACAAUUGGCUUUCUGAGAAUUCAAUGCAGCAACUUUACUGCAAUACAUGCAAAAGGUUCUUAGCUGACCGGCUUGUGGAGGGUACUUGCCCAAAAGAAGGGUGCAAUUACCAGUCUGCCCGAGGAGAUCAAUGUGAAAAUUGUGGCAGUCUUUUGAAUCCGACAGAAUUAAAAGAUCCUAGGUGCAAGGUCUGUCAGACGACACCACACAUUCGUGACACAAACCACUUGUUUCUUGAACUCCCCUUGCUGAAGGACAAAUUGGAAGAAUACAUCAACAAAAUGUCGGUGGCUGGAUCUUGGAGCCAGAAUGCUAUUCAAACAACAAAUGCCUGGCUUAAAGAAGGGUUGAAAUCACGAUGUAUUACCAGGGAUCUGAAGUGGGGGGUUCCAGUUCCACUUGAGAGAUUUAGUGAUAAGGUUUUCUAUGUCUGGUUUGAUGCGCCUAUCGGAUAUGUUUCUAUUACUGCUUGCCACACACCUGAGUGGGAGAAGUGGUGGAAGAAUCCUGAAGAUGUAGAGUUGUAUCAGUUUAUGGGCAAGGACAAUGUGCCCUUCCACACUGUGAUGUUUCCAUCUACACUUCUUGGAACUGGUGAAAAUUGGACUUUAAUGAAGACUAUCAGUGUCACUGAAUACUUGAAUUAUGAAGCAGGAAAGUUUUCUAAGAGUAAAGGUAUUGGAGUCUUUGGCAAUGAUGCAAAAGAUACAAACAUUCCAGUAGAAGUAUGGAGAUAUUACUUACUAACUAAUAGGCCUGAGGUGUCAGACACAUUAUUUACAUGGGCCGACUUGCAAGCAAAAUUAAACAACGAGUUGCUAAAUAACUUGGGCAACUUUAUAAAUCGAGUUUUGAGUUUCAUUGUUAAACCUCCAGGUCAAGGAUAUGGUUCCAUUAUUCCUCAGCCUUCAGAUGCUGACCCAGAUCCAUUGCAACAUGAGCCAACUAGGAAAUUGGUUGGUAGCAUUGUUGACUAUGUGGGGCAAUAUGUAGAAGCCAUGGAAAAGGUUAAACUAAAGCAAGGGCUUAAAAUUGCAAUGAGCAUUUCUAGUGAAGGGAAUGGAUAUCUACAAGAAAGCCGAUUCUGGAAGCUUUACAAUGAUGAUCGACCUUCUUGCUCUCUUGUCAUAAGAACUUCGGCUGGGCUAGUAUAUCUUCUCGCAUGUUUGUUAGAACCUUUUAUGCCAUCUUUUUCACUUGAGGUACUUAAGCAGCUUAAUUUGCCUCCUGAUACUCCAAUUUUGCUUGAAAAAGGAGAUAUUGAUAGGGUAAGCCGACCUUGGGAGAUCCUACCUGCUGGUCACAAAAUUGGGACACCAGAGCCAUUGUUUAAGGAACUGAAAGAUGAAGAAGUAGAAUUCUUCAGAGAGAAGUUUGCAGGAAGCCAAGCUGAUAGGAUUGUGAGGGCAGAAGCUGAAGCAGAGAAGAUAGCGGAGAAACUGAAGAAAACAAAAGUUUCAGAUAGCAGUGGAAAAAAGCAACGGCCUGUAAAACCUGCAACUGAAUCCAAAGCUAAGGCGAAUGCUGAGACAGAAAUUUCAAUUACAAGACUUGACAUCCGUGUUGGCCUUAUUACGAGUGUUCAGAAGCAUCCUGAUGCUGAUUCCCUCUAUGUGGAAGAGAUUGAUGUGGGAGAAGGACAGACCCGCACUGUUGUUAGUGGACUUGUGAAGUAUAUACCUCUUGAAGAAAUGCAGAAUCGAAAGGUGUGUGUUCUUUGCAACCUGAAGCCAGCAACCAUGCGGGGUAUAAAAUCACAAGCAAUGGUUCUUGCUGCUUCGGACAGUGACCACACCAAGGUUGAAUUGGUUGAUCCACCUAAAUCUGCUACUGUUGGAGAAAGAGUUACAUUUCCUGGAUUCAGUGGUGAGCCUGAUGAUAUCCUGAACCCAAAGAAGAAAGUCUGGGAAACAUUGCAAGUGGAUCUGAACACUAACACGGAACUAGUGGCCUCAUACAAAGAUAUUCCAUUCACCACAUCUGCUGGUGUUUGCACAGUUUCAUCUAUUGCCAGUGGGUCAAUCAGAUAGUUAGGUCUCUUGUUCAAAAUUUUUUUUUUUUUGAGUUGUUCAAUUAUUGAAAACAAAAAAGCAUCCCCCUAGAUUUUGAUACGUAAUUUUAUGUUAUUCUUCAUGAUGGUAUAAAAAACCUAAUUGUAGGAGUACCUUA